AGGGAACACAAUCCAAUAACAUAUCCUAUGUUUGCAAGCCGCCUCUCUCUCUCUCUCUCUCUCUCUCUAUAAUGUUGCAAUAAUAAGGGUGGUAGAUGGUAGGCUAUGAUGCUGCCCAGUCAAACCCACAACUCUUGACCCAAUUUAGUUUUCCACGGUCAAACAUAUCUUCACCUUCUCAGAAGCAGCUUCUAAGACUUUUGCUGGUGAUUGCAAGCCUUUACCAUAUAAUCAUGCAGCAAUUCCCUCCUUCUCCCUCUCUCUUAUAUAUCACUCUUGAGUCUUGUGUCUCUCUCCUUAUAUCACCAUGGCUUCAUCACUCACCAAUAUAAAUUCAAACUCAAGCUUUUCUUCAUUGCCACCACAAUUUAUGAUGACAUCUUUCACUGAUCUUCUCUCCAACAAUAACAACAAUAAUACUAACAUGACCAUGGAUGAUCAUAAUAACUGGGGAACUUCUCAAUUUAAUCAUGAAGUUGGACUUGAACUUGAUGUUCCCAAAUUCAAGUCUGUUCAACCGCCCUCACUACCUGUUUCUCCCUCACCAAUUUCCCCUUCUUCUUAUUUAGCCUUUUCAUCUGGUUUCAGCCCAAGUGAAUUCUUGAACUCACCUUUGUUUCUUCCUUCUCCAAGUAUUCUUGCAUCUCCUACUACUGAGGCUUUUGCUGGCCAGACCUUUAACUGGAGGAACAGUUCAGGUGAAGAACAACAACCUGACAAGGAGGAUGAGAAAAAUUUCACUGAUUUCUCUUUCCAAACCCAAAUUCAAUCUUCCUCAAGCAUGUUUCAAGUGCAGGAACCACUUAAGAAACAAGACAUAUGGAAAUUCAAUGAACCGACAAAGCAAACUGAUUUUUCAUCUGAGAGAACAUCAACAAAAUCUGAAUUCGCAUCAAUCCAGAAUUUUUCCUCAGAAAUGGCAGCAAGCAAACCAGAAAUACAAAGUAAUUCAGUUUCCGGGUCCGGUUAUUUAAACUACACUAAUUCAUCCCAGUCUGUUAGAGAACAAAAGAGAUCAGAAGAUGGAUUCAACUGGCGAAAAUAUGGACAGAAACAAGUUAAAGGGAGCGAAAAUCCUCGCAGUUAUUACAAGUGCACACAUCCACAUUGCUCAAUGAAGAAGAAAGUUGAGAGGUCUUUGGAUGGACAAAUUACGGAAAUAGUAUAUAAGGGCCAUCAUAACCACCCAAAACCACAGUCUACUAGAAGAACAAGCUCUCAAACAAUUCAUCAACCCUCUUCAUCUUGCACCAACUCCGGGAUUUCUGAUCAAUCAGUUGUGACCUUAGGCAAUCCACAAAUGGAGCCUGUCUCCAUACAAGAAGAUUCUUCAGCUUCUGUGGGGGAGGAAGAUUUUGAGCAAACAUCACAAACCAGUUAUUCUGGAGGAAAUGAAGACGACCUUGGACCAGAAGCCAAGAGAUGGAAGGGAGAUAUUGAAAAUGAUGGCUAUUCUGCCUCAGGGAGUAGAACUGUUAAAGAGCCUAGAGUUGUUGUUCAAACCACAAGCGAAAUUGAUAUACUUGAUGAUGGCUAUAGGUGGAGGAAAUAUGGACAGAAAGUAGUCAAGGGAAACCCAAAUGCAAGGAGUUAUUACAAAUGCACAGCCCCUGGUUGUUCAGUGAGAAAACAUGUUGAGCGAGCUGCACACGACAUCAAAGCUGUGAUCACGACUUAUGAGGGGAAACACAACCAUGAUGUACCUGCUGCACGUGGUAGCGCAGGCUAUAAUAUGAACAGAAAUUCUCUAAACAGCAACGUACCACCGCCUAUUAGACCCUCGGCAGUGAACUGUUAUUCAAGUUCAUCAGGUUUCACAAAUUCACUUUAUAAUACUAGGCUUCCAGUAACUGGAAAUCAAGAAUCAUUUUCACCGGACAAGUUGCAGAACCCUGGAAGUUUUGGGUAUUCGGCUCUUAGUAGAUCAAUUGGUUCAUAUGCCAAUCAUGCACAAUACUCAGAUGCUGCAUACUCAAAGACCAAGGAUGAGAGGAAGGAUGACUCAUUCCUUCAGUCAUUUCUGUCAAAGGACUUCUAAAUUUGGGACCACAACUUUAUUAUUAUCUUGGCUAUGUUUUUGUAUAGCAUUUAGGAUUUUAGUUAUUCAUAGUAGAAUAUGAAGUUAUAAACAUAGAAUCAUGAAUAUUUACUUGUUUACCUCGGUUAUAUUAGUACUACAGCAAGAGCGACAGCAAAUAGCUGUUAUACUUAUUACCAUCUGUCAAGUUCAUCUCCCAAAAGAAAUUUUCAAUUUAAUUAUAGGAUUGACUGAUGAAUUCUGUUAUUCUUUUGUUGUAUUGUAGGGAAAAGAAGUUUCUUUGGAAGAAUCUAAUGAUAUUCCAUUACGUUGUAACGUGUGCUUGUGCUGGAAAUUUCCAUUAUGCUCUCUCAACUUUUAGUUUUUAUUUAAUGAUCUGGGAUGAGCAUGGGGAAGUUCAGGACUUCCUUAAUUUGCACCAACAUAAUCAUAGGAAUUUUGAUGAAUUUUCAAUUCGAUAGUCGUUGAGGACCCUAAAAACAAAACGUAGUCCAUACUGCAAAUUUUGAUGAUGAUGAAUGUUAAGUGACUUCUGAAUGAAUUUAGAAAACACAACUGAGAAAGUUUAUGUAGCUGAAAAAAUUGUAAUAAAUUCAGUGCAUAAAAGUUGAAAGCUGUAGGAUUUCAAUAAAAAUGAAAUUUUUAAAAUUUUUUUAUGUACUUAAGUAAUCAGAUUGUGAGGAAAAUAAAAUAAAAUUCAGGUCUGACUGCUGCUGCUUGUGUUUCACAGUCAGACUUGAAUAAUGCAUUCACCACAAUACUUCUUAUUUUUUCUAUUUAUUUUGCCAAAUUGGUCAAUAAAUAGUCUCAAGUAAAAGAACAUAUUCAACAUUAUAUGUAUUCGUGUAUGAAAUCAAUAUCAGAUCUGUAACAUAUGCACAGAGCCAGAGAGGUGAUGCCUGACUCCCUUUCUCAGAAAAAAUAUACAGUUCAAUGUGACUUGUGGAGAAGUACGAUAGUAUGAAACAAUAAUAUGGAGAGUUUUUGUGAAAGUUCAGAUAUAAGGUUGAGUUGAUAGUUUGUAGCCUGAAAUAAGGGCUGACACUGCUAGACAAAAGAAGGCAAAAAUGGACAUGCUAAUGGCUGCAGCUGAAGAAUCUGUAAAUAUAUUGUCUGCUCCUUCCCUCAUUCUAUUCGUCAUUGGAAUUGCCGCAGAUGCCGAUGAUAUCAAAAGAUAUGCAAUGAUCUGCAAUAAAAGAUGUUGCUAAUCAAGCUACCAUUUCAUAGUCCUUCAAAAGCCAAAUAGCCAAUCAUAGAGGUUUAAACAAAUACUGUCAAAAGCUUUGAAUUGUUCAAAACACAGCCUCUCUACCAAUCCACAGGUCAUAUGAAAUAUUAUAUGGCAGAGCCAUCAUUAGGACUCGUUAACUAGUCCAAAACCAUAUACUAAGACCAAUAAACUCUUCCCCUCUUUUGAUUUCAUUAUUGAAUUUGAUGCAUUUGAAACGUCAUUGGAAGUUUGUACAUCCUUAGAAAAAACUUCAUUUUAUUAUUGAUUGUUUUACGCUAGUUAAGCUUUCAUUUCAUUCCCUCCCCAGAGUUAACUUCAGAGAGAAAUAAAAAAUUUCCAAUUCAACC